AUGGACGAAGCCAUUCGCCUGGCAACCUUGUGCCGCCAAGGGCUCAACGAUUUAGCAGUCUACUUUCCCGAUUUCGACCGCAACAAGGUCUACACAGCCGACGAGAUUCUUGGCCUACCGCUCGACUCCCAUCGUGUGCCUCAAGAGUUUUACCAGCUCCCGAGGCGGCGGUCUUCCCGUUGCCCGCUGGCCUCGAUGAUAGCUUCCCAACUGUACCCAGUCGAAGAAGGCUCUCUUGCUGCCAUCAUCCGCUAUGAGGCUGACCGCGUGUGCCUGCGCGGCUGGGCAGCUCUACAGCGCCGCUACGAUAUGCUGUACAGAACCAAGUUGAAUGGCCACAAAGCGAACGGGCUGACAGACGGUGCGCCGGCUGGUGUGUCUGCGCCGGUUUGGUCGAGCCGUAUGCUUGCUCAAGGUCCAUGGGAUCCUUCACGGACGCCUGUAUCAUUCGGUGGCGUCAAAGCCAUCCCGAUGCCCGUCCAAGUCGCUGAUGCAGUGGACCUGGCGCCCUUUUUCGGCCAUCUGAAAGCUAACGGAACACACGAACUCAUCGGGCACGGUGAUGGCGAGGAGCUUGACAAUGGCAUGGGGGAGCCCUAUUAUGGUGUCAAAGGAGCCGAGUUCCGGAAAGGCGUCAUAUACCAGGACGGCCGUAUGGACCUUUGCAAAAUGGUUGUUGGGCCGGACCACAUCUACAAGCUUAUGGACAGCUUGCGCGGCAACGAUUUUGUCCGUCAUUUCUUACUGGGUAACAAUAUCAUCGGUCCCGUUGGUGCCCAGGCCAUUGCCGACUUCAUUAGAGAGUUGCCCGGCCGCAUGGACACUUGGUACCUUGCUGGUAACUGCAUCGACGGCCCAAGCUUCAAAAUACUUGUUGACGCAAUAGUCAGCUCGUCAGCCGUGACCAACGUCUGGCUGAAGCGAAACCCACUGGGACCUGGGGCAGCGCACGACGUAUUCCGGCUUAUUACCGAAACCAAAAAUCUUCGGACGUUGGACCUUGACCAGACUGAGCUGGGUAACCACGGUGUCGCAGACCUGUUCAACGAGUUGGCCGCUUUUCCUGGCGCAAGGGGAAGCAAGUUGCCGUUGCGUAACAUCUACCUGAACGGUGACGGCAUCUCUUCUGAGGCUGCGACAGCAAUAGGUUCGUUUCUGAAGUCGCCUCAUUGCGGCUUGGACUCGUUAUAUCUCAGCUCAAACCCUUUCGGCGACGCCGGCGUUGAGGCACUCGCUGCUGCACUAGGAUGCACAUCGUCACUGACCCGUCUGAGCUUACAAUCGGUCGGCGUUGGUACAAAAGGUGCUGUUACGCUGUGCAAGGCUUUGACGGGACACCCCAGCCUCCGGGCAUUGGAUUUGGGCCAGGCAUACACGACAGAGGACUUGAAACAGGCCUACAACUAUAUCGACGAUGAGGCCGUCCCCGCUAUAGCAGAGAUGUUGAGGAUCACGCAGCACCUAGAGUAUUUCAACCUUGGACACUGCGCCAUCACGCCUCCUGAGCUUUUGAAGAUCUCGUCGGCAGUACUUGAGAGCUCGUCCCUCUUAUACUACGCCGCAUACUCCAUCCUCCCUGACCCGACGAGACCAACGGUCACCUUCAAGCCAUCGGGAAAGAACCGCCUGCCCGAGGAUGUUACACGAACUAAGCUCGCUAUUGACCUUGACAAGGCCGUGCGGGAGCAUUUACAGGAGCACGUGCGCCGCCGCUACGGUGAUGAAGUGACGUAUCCCAAAUUUCUGGAGGAGGAGCGACGAUGGCUAAUUAACGACCGCGAUGUCCGCAAAAUCGACAGCGUUUACCGGAAUCGCGAUGCCGGACAGGCCAAGCGAGGCCUGAUGACGCUGGCGAAGAAAUGGGACGCAGACGACGACACGCUGGAGCAGGUUCAAAAAGCCCAAGGGCCAGUGUGCGCGCUGCGACGGGCGGCCAAAGUGUGA